CCGGGCGGUUGCUGCAGCCGAAGCGGUGAGGGUCGCGCCCCGCGGGGACCAGCGUGUGCCCGGGCGGCCCAGCCCCACGCCCGGCCGCGGCCCUCCUCCCGUCACCCCGGAGGCGCGGGCCCGGCCUCCAGCAUGUCCUCUCUGCUCGCCAAGGACGCCUACCUGCAGAGCCUGGCCCGGAAGAUCUGCACCCAGCCCGGCCCGGAGCCGCCGGGACGCACGUGGGGCAAAGCGCAGCGCGGGGCCUGGCAGGCUCGGGGCUGGGACCGGGGGGGCCCGCCUCCUCCCACCGCCCGCCGCGGCCGAGCUGGCAAAACUCAAGGCUCGGAAGCUGCUGGGCCCCCAAUAAAGGAAAGGAAGAAAACACAAAAGAAAUUACGGGAGCAGGAAGAGAAGGCUGUGGAGCAGAAGGCCAAGUCGCUGGGAGAGAAUUCAGCAGCUUCCGGGGCCAAGAAGCCAUCUAAGGCUAAGAAGCCAGCAGCGGCCAAAGAGGAGGAGGCGUCCAGCUCCAUAGAAGUCCCUGCAGAUGGCCUGGCCCCAGGGCCUGACUCUUUCUUUGCCCUGGAUGUUCUGCGACAGCGACUACAUGAGAAGAUACAGGAGGCCAGGGGCCAGGGCAGCACCACGGAGCUGUCCCCUGCCACUUUGGAGAAAAGGAGACGGAGAAAGCAGGAGCGGGACCGGAGGAAGAGGAAGCAGCAGGAGCUGCGUCGGAAGGAGAAAGUGGCAAAGGCCGCGGAGCCCGCGGAGGCCGCCGCAGAUACCGGCGCGCCACCCCGGGAGGUGGCCUGCAGGGAGCCGCCGCAGCCGCAGGGGCUGAUCUUCAAUAAAGUGGAGGUGGGCGAAGAGAGCCCGGCCGGCAGGGCCCAGCGCAGGAGGCAGAGGCGGCGCCAGGUGAAGGGCCACCUGCCGCCGCUGACGGGGAGGAACUACCGGCAGCUGCUGGAGCGCCUGGAGGCGCGGCACCGCCGGCUGGAGGAGCUGCGGGCCCGGGACGCGGGCGGGGCGCGGGCGCUGGAGGCCAGGAUGAAGUGGACCGACCUGCUGUACAAGGCCGAGGGCGUGAGGGUGCGCGACGACGCGGAGCUACUGCAGCAGGCCCUGCGGCGCCGGGAGCGGCAGCGGGCGCAGCGACAGCGCCGGUGGCAGGGCCGCACCGUGCGCCUGCUGGAGACCAUGCAGCAGCGGCAGGAGCGGCGGCGGCGCCACCUGCGCGGGCGGAGGGAGGCCCGGGCGCAGCGGCGCCUGGAGAGGGCCCGCAGGAAGGGCCGCGUCCUGCCCCAGGACCUGGAGCGAGCCGGCCUCGGCCACUGAUGACUCCAGGUGGAUCCCGGCCUCUGGGAUGGGCGCGGGGCUCAUCUCUCAUCGACUGAUGGCACGUGCCCUUGCUGAACUCCAAGUGCAAAGCCUUUUAGGAAGUGCAGCAAGUGGUUGGAAGGACCUGAAUGUCCUUCCAUGAGAGCUCAACAGACAUGCUCAGUGUCUAGAAUUUAUCUGCAAAGUUCCCAGGAUCCACUGAGUGUCUUCCUAAGUCCUGCUGGCACUCGGCCGGGUCAGACCUGGAUAGAUGUGCAUGAACUCCUACCGUGUGUUUGCCAUUUGUCACCUCAGAAGAGGGCAAGUGCAGGGGGUGGUGUGGGGUCCCCCCCCCAGUAGUUCCAACUGGGCUAGCCCGGGAAGUGCCUUGAGGGGCAGAGGGGUAUGAGGGACCCGGGCUACGUGGAGAAGGGGCCUCAUGGUUCUGCAGGGUCUGGGCAUCCCGGGCCCGGGUAGGGGGUAGGCUUUACUUUGGGUUCCCAUAUAGCAAAUCUGACAUUUCCUUUUAGUUUUGGAUCCUGAUAUAAGGCCGUGAAGGCCUGGCCGUAUGGGACCUCAGUCCACUUGUGGGCCCUGCCAUGUGAGAGAUGUAAUUGUAGGAUGGCACUGUCGUUCAGAGAGCCGUUCUCCAUCGUCUAGCCUAUGUUGGGGCCAAGCCACAUUGUUGAAAAACACGAGCUUUUUCUUUUUCAAACCAUAUAAAGUAGCUCCAGUUUUUAAUAUGCACCCCGAGGGUGACUGUUAAGGGGUGCUGGAGUAUUUCCCAUCUCGUCUCCUAUGGGUGUGAGAAAAAGAGAGCUGGAAAGAAGAAAGGAGAGUCAGUCACCGAGGAGCAAGCGUCCUGGCCUGCUCUCUGCUCGAGUAGAUGGGCAGGCAUCCCUCGGCCGUCUAUGAUGGGCCCAUUGGAAGGCGUCCUUCUCCAAUGCGGCCACUUUGUCCUUUGAUGUCUCCAAUCCCUAGGUGUCCCAUAGGGGUAGGGGUGUCCCUCCCUGUAGACUCUUGUCUAAUGAUAGAGCCGGUGCCCAGCAGUAAGGUUAGACAUGGGACUAGGAUGUGAGCCCCUUGACCUUGUGUCCAUAUAGGAGACAAAAUGGAUGAACUGCCAGUUGGCCUUUUCAGCAAAGAUUUCAGAACACUGAAAAUAAGGGCCACAAGUGGUGGUGGUAGUUGGGGGAGGGGGUCCCUGGGAUGGUGGAGUUUUGGGUCCAGGACUGUCAGUAUAAGUAGUCAUCUAUGCAGCAGUGCCAGAAGGAAUUAAGUACAUGAAGGGAAUAUUCGGACCAGGGGACUAGAAUUCCACACCAUCUGAGGUAGUACAGUAAUCUCUAAAUAAGGCGGCACUUGGGAACCUCAGGAUGUAGUAAGUGGAGAAUCCAUUUGUCAGAAGAGAUUACACAAGGCCAGCCUGAGCUCCAGACAUUUCCACCAAAUAAGAUAUGUAUGGGUUCCCAGCCAAACACUUGGUGUACUUAGUUCCAAAGUUCUCUAGCAAAGGCUACGGGCAUGAAGCAGCAAGUCCUCCACGGCCGGGAGAAGGUACUCACUGGGUCGGGGUCUCCAUGAAUUAUAUGGAAAAUAUCUUCCAUUUAUUGUUUACUUUUUUGUAGUUUACUCAAAAGGUGAACACAAGUCUUUUUUAUUUUUAUUUUUUUAAUUUAAUUUAAUUUUUUUUUUGUGACCGGCGCUCAGCCAGGGAGUGCACCGGUCAUUCCUAUAUGGGAUCCGAACCCGCGGCGGGAGCGUCGCCGCGCGCCACGGGCUCAGCCCAACACAAGUCUUUUAUUUGUUAUUAAUAUUACAUGAAAAUCUUAUUUAAAAGAACGAAACUAAAUUUUAUUUUAUUUUUUUUAAAGAUGACCGGUAAGGGGAUCUUAACCCUUGACUUGGUGUUGUCAGCACCACGCUCUCCGAGGUGAGCCAACCGGCCAUCCCUAUAUAGGGAUCCAAACCCAUGGCCUUGGUGGUGUCAGCACCACACUCUCCCGAGUGAGCCACAGGCCAGCCCCAAAUUUUACUUUUGUACUGUUAAUAUUACAGCUAAUUUGAGUAAAAACUUAUAAACAAGUUUA